GACGUCAUCCCGCACCGCUGUUGCUGUGCUGGUGGUUAGGGGCAGCGGAAAAGGAAGUCGUAGUGUUUUGUUUCGUUUUUAAAUUAUUAUUAUUUACUUAUGUAUACUUAAAGUUUAUCGUCGACAAUACAUAACUACCGAAACGUCAGAAGUAAACGUUUAUUAUUAUUAUAAUUUUUUUAAGCCGGCGGAAAUCAUUUUAAAACAGACGGGAAUUAAGUAUAAGCUAUGUAGCUAGCUGACUUAGCAGCUAACGCUUUAGCUAACGAAUAAAUAACGGACAUUUUAUAAACAACGCUGACCCAGUUCAGUCAGGUGAGAGUGUAGAGGUGUAGAGAGUAUAUUAAAUAUAUAUAUCUAGAGAGAGAUAAAGAGAGAGAGUGUGUGUGUGUGUGUGUGUAAAUAUUAACCCUCCUGCCCCAAGUGGGCACGAGAUCAACCUGGAGAAAACGCUGGACCUGGUGGGCCUGAAGCCGGGCUCGGGGCCGCUGCUCACCCCGCAGAAGAAGAUGAAGAAGCGCAAGGAGCUGAACGCGCUGAUUGGACUCGGGGAAGGGAAGCGCAAGAAGCCGAAGAAGAGCUCCGGACACCGGCUACUGCUGCGGGGAGAUGCGGGGGACACGGACACCGAGAGCGGCUCCAGCUCCGGGGAAGAGGACGAUGAGGAGGAGUUCCGCAGCCUGAGCCUCAGUCCAGGGGCUUUCCGCAAGGGUUCGGCUCAGUGCUGCUCCGUGUGCUACCCGCUGUGCGUGUUCAUCGUCCUGGCCGCGUGUCUCAUGGCGUGUGCCGGACUCAUAUGGAUGCAGAUUGCACUUAAAGAAGAUUUGGACUCACUCAAGGAGAAACUGCGCACCAUGGAGUCGAGUCAGAAGGCUUCUUCGCACGAAAUACCAAAGCUGAGCGAGGAUCUGAAGGCCAAUCAAAGGACGCUGGAGGACAUCGAGAGCGGAGACAAGGGCUUAAAUAAGUUAUGGGCCAAUCUUACAGAUAUUAACAGAAAGAUAAGCACGCUGGACUCUGCUGUUAACCAUCUGAAGGCGAACAUUAAAUCAGCAUCAGAUUUAAUUACUCUCCCAACAACCGUAGAGGAGCUCCAGAAGAGUGUUGCCACAAUAGGAAGCACACUUACUAGUGUUCAACAUGAUGUAAAGAUGAUGCAGAUUUUUAUUGAGGACCAGAAGAAAGGAGAAAACAAACAGAACAGUGAAACGAGCUCUUCGGUGCUGGUGGCUCAGGAUGACGGCAGCAGGAACGAGAACGAAGGAACUGCAAAUGACGGCAGCUCCACGACGUCCUCGAGUCCCUUCAACUCUCGCCAUCGCCGCUUCCUCAGUAAGAACCUCUCCAAGAGAGAGACAGGAGCGACGCUGCAGACCCUCACGUUUCCUGGAGUCGACUCUGCUGAAGAUUUAGAGAAGCUCGUGCGCGCUCAGCUGGAGGACACGUCUGAAGGCGUGACGUACGAGGAGUUGAUGAAGAUCUUCGGCACGUCCGCUCCGGAUUCCCGUCUCCUCGAGCCGUACGACGUGGAUCAGGACCACAGGUACACGCUGGAGGAGCUCCGGGCCGCCGCUUCACUCUGAGGAACCGUGCAGUCGGUCGCGUGAAGAACAUUUAAGACUGCACCGUCAACGAGCGGCAGGAGGAUGACACGUGGCCCUCGGCGUGAACUAUCCUAGCUGUGGCUGACACAACUGCUGCUCCAUUCCUUUUUUUUUUUCUUUUUCUUUUUCUUUUCUCUUUCGAUUCAUUCCUUUACACCGGUAUUGGAGAGAUUUGAACCAUCAUCAUGCAGAGAAACGACUUGUAUGAAGAUAUGAAGGUUUUUAUUAAUAAUCACGAAUGCGUAAAGCUAAUCAGAACACGUAUAUUAGAGAUUCGGGUUGAUUACUUCGAUACCAAGCCUCAAAAUUCAAAGACGAGCCUAGAUUUACGUUGUUUUAACAUGUUUGUCCCCCCCCCCCCAGCCCCCGUAUAGGAUCAAAACACAUUCCUUUUCACAUUUAGGUGGAAUCUGGGAGGCUGUGAGGAAAUGCAUUGGAAAUCAUUUAACACUCUAUUUAAUUGUGUAUUUAGCAAAAUGUAGCAAUAAUAUAUUACUCUUAAGGCUUAUUGGGUAUAUGAUGUGUUACUGUGUGUACAGUAUUCUGCAGUAAUGUAUUAAGGACCAGUUUCUACAGAAAAAAAGAGUGAUACUUUCAGCCGAAACGAUCAGGCGUAGUAGCGAGAGCUACUGAUGCUGUUUUAAGGUGAAUGUUCACUUCAACAGGUAGUGAAUGAAACACUGAUUAGGCAUGUAUGUAUUUCUAUAUGUAUUUUUAAUGCUAACAUCACACACACACACACAUUCAUUCCAGUCAGCUUCUACCAGGGUGUGCAAACUUAAAACAACCCGGGAGAUGAUAUAAACUCGCGACCAAAGUUGCCAUGUCAUGAGAAAAAAAAACGAUAAAAGAAAAGAGUUCCUGCUUUCGGUAUGUAAACAGAGCAUUUAGUUCCCAUCUAUGAAGUGUUAAUGGUAUUAAUUCUUUUCUUUUUUUUUUGGGGUGUGUGCGAAGAAUUAAAAGAAGAAAACAAUACCUUGUGAGAUUGCCUUUUAAGGAAGGUCAGGGGGUGGGGCUAUGUUCCAGCCCAGAAUCGCAAGCGUGAAUUACAGCAGAGUUCAAAUCUGUUGCAUGGUAAUAUUGCAAAUCAGACUUUUUUUUUUCUUUUUCUUUUUUUUUUUUACAGCAUCUUUAAAAAUUGCGAACGCAACACACAGAAACAUUUUUCAAAAUUACACACCGCACCUUUAAUUUGUCAGGAGUCACUGACUCUAAUGAAGGAGUAGGAUUAGUGAGUGAUGAAAUAGUGCUGUUCUGGCAACAGGAAGUGCUCACAAUUCACCUUAGUUGUGAUGGUGGCAAUGAAGCAGGACUACUAUUAAUAAUAAUAAUAUUUUAACUUCCAUGUCUGGAAGUUAAGACACAAAAGUUUGUACACCCCUAUGUUUAGCAAUGUAAAUAUGCUGUAUGAAUUGUGGACUCACUUGAGUAUCAAUCUCAGAUACUUCCUGUGUGUAGGCUGAUGCUCAGACCGGACUUUUAUCUGCUUCCUGGUGUUAAUAAAUGAUUGUUGAUGUGAAAGAAUGGUUCAGGGAACCUGCUCGUGUAAAAUAUUCAGCGCUGUACAUUAGCAUAAUGAAUGCGUUUAUGCUCAGCAUGUUGCUUUUUUAAUGUAACAUGUAUAAAGGCCUAAUUUAUCCGAA